GCUGACUCGGUCACCGCUUCGAAGAAGAAAUUCAUGACUGAUGGCUCACCACAAAUUUUUUGGUGAAUUUUCUUGUGAAUGUGGGCAAUCUUGGAAAAGUGAGAACACUUAUCCAGAUGAGAAACAGAUAUGUUUUACAUGCAAGACUUGGAUUUACCCUAAACAUCUGCGACCAUUAAGAAAGACACCCUAUCAAGGCCGCUACCGGGCAUAUGGCUGGUUUAAUUGCAGUAAUUGUGGUAAAGAAUGGAGUAGCCACAAUUCAUGGGCCAACAUGGGACAAGUGUGUUAUUCUUGUGACAUCAUGAUAUAUCCCUACAGACAAGUGAAGCUGAAGCGUGGGAAGGGAAAUCCAAAUACCCCUCACUCUGAAAAGUACUGUGAAAUGUGUCGGCAUUUAAAAUACAAUUGCAAAGAUUAUAAUCCUGAUACUGAUACUGAUACUGAUACUGAUCCUGAUAGUGAUGACCAUGCAAGUGAUUACAAUGAUGAUGAUCGUUAUUAUUAAGAAAAAUAAUGAUGCUUUUAUGGUCACAAUUUAUUGUCUCAAUGAACUGCCACAGAUUUUUGCUACGCUGAAAUUUAUUUUUGUGAAUACAUGUAAUGCAACUGCAAUUCAUAUGCAUGGAUUGAAUUUUUAAAUAAUUUUUAUUUUGUACAACUUUUCUGUUAAUAGUGGCUGUGAAUUUGCUUAUUCCAAAUGUUA